UUGAAAAGGUUGAGAUCAUCAUUCUCAAAGGAUGAUGAUACAACGAAAGAUAUUUUACCUUUCAAGAGACAUAUCUCCCAUAAAACUCAACAAGUGAUUUGCACAAAUCUCCAAAAGUUCCACUAUUUUUUACAAAAGAAGUAAUUCAUUCACACCAACGCUUUUCAUCUCUCGCAUCCAACGCGAUAUCUUAUUCAUAUUCAAAAUUACUCAAAUUAACAUCAAGGUCAUUUAUUAUGGUUUAUACAUGUAAACUAUAUCCAAAAUGCAAUUAUUGGCCAUUAUUUGUAUUUGUAUUACUAGUUUUUGAUAAAAACAACCGUUGACAAGAAGAGAACACACAAAAUAACCCCAACAGAAAUUACUUUGACCCUGUCCUCUAUUCUCUCUCUCUCUCUCUCUGCUAUCACUACUCAUUUUGUUAAGAAAUCAAAAAAUCAAAAAUCAAUAAAAACUCAAACUUUGCGGCAGAACUUCAUCAAUUUCGAUCAAAUUCUACAAUUUCACAAUUGCUUUGCUACUCUAUUGAUUCUUCGUCUCACAAAUUCAAUCCUUUAUUUAUCAGAUAGGAAAAAGGAGGGUAGAGUAUAUACCAUCUAAGGAUGGAUAGUCACAGUGAUUGGGUGCAAUCCAAUGACUUCCAACCUAAUGGUCUAGUGUUGAAAGGAGCUGCUUCUGUUACUCGGCCGCUUGACCCGGGAAGAUGGGCUAUAGCCGAGAAUAGAACUGCAGAACUUAUAUCGCGAAUUCAGCCGAGUUGGGAAUCUGAGAAGCGUAGGAAUGCUGUUGCAUCCUAUGUGCAGUGUCUAAUUGGAGAUUGUCUGCCUUGCAAGGUGUUUACCUUUGGUUCCGUAACUCUUAAGACUUACCUACCGGAUGGGGAUAUUGAUUUAACUGCUUUUUCUGAAGACCCUAAGUUGAAAGAUAAUUGGGCUAAUAGCGUUCUGGAUAUGUUGCGAAGGGAAGAAAAGAAUGAGCAUGCUGAGUUUCAGGUGAAAGAGGUUCAGUACAUUCAAGCUGAGGUGAAGUUAAUAAAGUGCCUUGUAGAUAACAUUGUGGUGGACAUAUCUUUCAACCAGCUUGGCGGUUUGUGUACACUUUGUUUUCUUGAAGAGGUUGACAACUUGAUUAACCGAGAGCAUUUAUUUAAGCGAAGCAUCAUACUAAUCAAGGCCUGGUGUUACUACGAGAGCCGUAUACUUGGGGCUCAUCAUGGACUUAUAUCAACUUAUGCUCUGGAAACCUUGGUUUUGUAUAUAUUUCAUGUUUUCAACAGUUCCUUUGUUGGGCCACUUGAGGUCCUCUAUCGUUUUGUGGAGUUCUUUAGUAAAUUUGAUUGGGCCAACUUUUGUAUUAGCCUCAGGGGUCCAGUACCGAUUUGUUCGCUUCCCAGUAUGACAGCUGAUCCUCCUCGAAGGGAUGAUGCAGAGUUAUUGCUGAACAAUAUGUUUCUUAAUGCUUGUAAUAGAGCAUAUUCUGUCUAUGCUGGAGGUCUAGAUAACCAAGAGCAACCUUUCAUUUCCAAACAUUUUAAUGUUGUUGAUCCCCUGCGAAUAAACAACAACCUUGGCCGCAGUGUGAGUAAAGGCAACUUUUAUAGAAUUCGCAGCGCCUUCAGUUUUGGGGCCCAACAGCUGACUAGAAUACUCGAGUGCCAGGAAGAGAAUAUUGUUGCUGUAGUGAACCAGUUCUUUGUGAACACAUGGGAUAGACAUGGGAAACGUGUCCGUCCUGACAUACCCGUAAUUAAUGCGUUUCACUCGCCACUGGUCAACUCCAACCAUGACGGAAAUCGCAGAAGACAUAUAUUUGUUGAUAAUUCAACAGCGAACUUGAGUCAGUAUCCACAGGUUGAUGAAUCUCAAAGCUCUAUUGAUUUUUUGAUGCAGCCUAGUAUCCUUCCUGUGAAUCAGAUAGCUGAGGCCAUUGACGUGCACAAAGAUUUGCAUUCUCCUGGGCAGAAGGAUUAUGAGAAAGAAUCAAGAACUCACAUGUCUUCUGAUUGGGAUCAAUAUUAUACUCAGAGGAAAAAUCCUACUAAGAAGCAACUGAAUGAAAGAGAAAGAAUUUGCAUGGCGAAUAUCUUGCAAAAUAAAGGGCAUGCCACACCACAGUUUGCUAGGACAUCUUCUAGUCCUGAACUGACUAGCUUGUCUAAUGAAGCUGCAUCUCUACGCAAGCAUAAGACCACCGAAAAGGUAAAUGAGGUUGCCAGCUCAAGAUUUGAGUACAACAGAAGAAUGAGAGACUCUGGCAUGAUGGAAAAUCCUUUUGCGAAUUGUUAUGUAAGGAGACCUGCUAGUUCUACAAAACCUGUAGUUUCUGAUCCAAAUCAGAGACUCCAGGAGGGACAAGACUUUGUAAACCUGAUGUCUUCUUCUGGGGUUCAGAAACAUGGUGGGCAUGCUCAGAUGCCUGUGAAUCUAGCUUCUCAUCAGUUUGUUUCAAUCCCACCUCCUUUUCCUGGAACCAGACCCCAAAUAUAUGCUGGUACAAGGCCAUUAAAUUUUGCGCCUCUUCAGUCUGAUUGGGGUGACGUUUUGCAUCAUUCUGAUGGUACCUCUGUAGCACCUUCUUAUCGCCAAUUAAUUCCUGUUGGACUCACACCUGAUGAAGAAGUUAAGGGGGUUUUAAUUAGUGGUUCAGCAUCACUAGAAGUCAAUCAUCUGGAUGAUGACCAUGAUUCCUGGACAAACAGUAAAGCUGAUUUGAUGAGAGAGGGUGAUCAUGAAAGCAAGGAGUUUUCUGUUGCUAGUUCUAGAUUAUCACUUAUUCCUGCUAAUUCCUAUAAGACAAAGGCAACUUCAGACAGUUCUUGGGAUGGAAAACCCUCCAAACUAAACAAUACAGUGAGAUACCCAGGGACAAAGAAGGCAACUUCUUCAAAAAAUCCCUCUCCGGUAGUUAAAUGCCAAUGGCUAAAUGAGGAAGGAUCUGUUGAUCUUACUUAUGAUGAUGAUGUUGAUGAUAAAUCUGCUUCCUCAUCUGUUACUUCCUCACACAUGGAGGUUCAUCAGUUACCUGGGUAUGGGCAAGCUCAUAUGAACUAUCCAAAUUCAAUGUUUCCCUUUUCUUCUUUUUUGGUACGGCCUGGUCCACAGCAGGGUAUUAGUCACAAUCAUCCAGUCUUACCAGUUGCCUUUUAUCCUGCUGGACUACCUGUGCCUUUUGUCACAAUGGUACCUGUAUACAAUAUAAGCGCUGAAACAGGAACCUCUGCAGCACCUGCCAGUCAUGAUGAUACGGAUAGGGAGAAGUCUACCUUCUCCUUGACCCAGUCUAGCCAUAGCUCAGAUUCAGCUAGUGGGCUAGAGCGGUUGAGCCAUAGUAGUAGCAUUGGUUCAACAAAAAGGAUUACAUCUAGAGAAGAUUCUGAUGAGUGUGAACCUGACAUAUUCAACAGCGACUUUGCUAGCCACUGGAAGAAUCUUCAGUAUGGGCGUUUCUGUCAAAACCUUCAAUUUCAGCAUCAUUUUGUCCAUCCUCCCUCUGUAUAUGUACCACCUGUACAACUUCAGGGGAAUAUCCCAUUUGAUGCUCCUCGAUCACCAUAUUCUGGGAAUUCCAGUAUCUUUUCUCAUCCAGUGCCCGUUUCAGAAGCACAGCAGUCAGGUUCCAUUAAGCCUGCUAGUGUCUCAAGGCAAUAUGGUGGAGAAUUUCCUAAACAACGCAAUGGAACUGGAACUUAUUUCCCAAAUCCAAACGUUCUCAGAGAUCCCCCCCAAUAUUCUACCCCCAGACAGUAUCAAGGAGACUCCAAACAUGACAGGAAUGAGCACCAUGGGGAGAGGGAAGCAAAUUGGAAUUCCAGCUCGAAGCCACGAUUUUCUGGUCGUGCUCAACCUCGAUACCGAAAUGACAAGACAGUCUCAAAGAUAGACCGGUCAGUUACUAGCUAUUCCCAAACUGAUAGACCUUGUGAUACCUUCCGGAAAAAUUCAUAUCAGUUGUAUCGCUUCCCAAAAGAUCCAGCUACUUCAAAAUCUACAUGGAAUGGCUGUUAUGAUACUGAUUAUUCGGUGUAUCAGACGUGUUCUGAAUACCAUAAUGAGGUUUCUCAAUCUGGAGAUGGCCGUCCCCCCUUUGUUAUGCUAUAUCCUUAUCCUCAGACCAUUGCUUAUGAUUCCCAGAUUGAACGUCAGUUUGGUUCUGCUAGACGAGAGCAAAUUGUAGGAACAGAAGAGGUACAAGAGCAACUGCAAAAUUAUGAGGGAGAUACAGGACCUCCUUCACCAGACUAUGCAUCUCCCCCAGGGUUCCCGCGAGCUGACGGACUUUAAAUUUUUGGCCUGAAUAUUGAGGCAAACACAUGGGUUCUCUUGCUUUGGGCAUCUCUUAUGCCAGUUAAAAGCAUAUUUUGGAGACCUGCAUCCACAGCCUUUUGCGCCAAACAUACUAAGAAGAUCUUGGAUGUUAGUUGCAGUUCCUGCGUAUUCCAUCAGAGGGCCAAUCUCUACUUGAGCUUUUUGCACCUAAGUUGCUUGAAAAAGAGCGUCUCUGAUCAACAUUGAUGGAGGGAUCGAUUUGGACAUAAUUGAUGUAUCAUCAUUUUGUGUUUCCCCCGAGGAUUCUUCUGAACUGAAAAAUUCAGGAGUCGGGUGUCUGGUCUCAAAUUCGAGGAGCUCCCAUGAGUUCCGUCCUAGUAUAGAACAAGGCGUUCGGGAGAAACAUGAUUCAAUUGGUAAUCGAAGUGUUGUUUGCCUAUUGAAAUGGGCUACUUCCAGCUGUAAUUUUAUGUAAUCUCUAAGCCACCAUUGUAAUGAAAGUUGCUCCAAUAAGAGCUUUCAGCUA